AUGAAGAUGCUAGAAACUCUGGUAACACAAUUGUCUCAACAGCAGAAUAUGCGUGUUUCUAACCAAUUUCCUAGUCAACUUGAACACAAAGGCAAGGAGCCUGGCCAGAUCAACGCCGUGACAACAAUGAGUGGUAAGCAAUUGGUUGAUCCUCCCCUAAAAGAGGUGACACCGACAGGUAGUAUUUCUGUAGACCCUGAGUCUAAUAAUGAUAAGGUAGAUGGUAAGACUGUUGUGAAUGAUGAUGAGAAGAAACAUGGGAAAAUUUUAAAGCUUUUAAAAGAUGUGUCUAUAGAAAUCCCUUUCUUAGAUGAAAUUUUUGAGAUCCCUGCAUUUUCCAAAUUGCUUAAGUCCAUUAUAUCCCAAAGUAAGAAGCUUGAUGAUGUGAUUCAGGUAUCCAAGGAGGUGAAUGUGAAUGCUAUCAUCAUUGGUGAUAUGCCUCCUAAGCUAAAGGAUCCCGUGGACAGGGCUUUGUGUGACCUAGGUGCUAGUGUCAGUCUGAUGUCGUAUUCCAUGUAUAAGAGACUUAGGCAUGUUAAUGAGUUGUCCCCUACCAUGAUGACCUUGCAGCUCGUUGAUCACUUCUUUGUCUAUCCUAAGGGUAUUUUGUAUGAUAUUGACCUGAAAAUGGGUAACCUGACUGUAUCUUGUGACUUUGUCAUCAUGGACAUACCCGAGGAUGCUAAGACCCCCAUCGUUCUAUGUAGACCUUGUCUAGUGAUAGCUAGCACUUUGAUUGAUAUAGCUAAGGGUAAGUUAGUGAUGAGCGUGGGGGAGGAUAGAGUAGAAUUUGCUAUACAUGAUUCUUUGAAGUCCUCAGUCCCCAGUGAGUCCAUAUACCAGCUUGAGUUUGCUGAUGAUGUGUUUGAUGAUCCUGAUGAAGCCUAUGAGAUUGAUGCCCUACAAUCCUUUCUUGAAGGAGUUGGGGGUGAUCCUGCAAAAAUAAUGGGGUGGAAAGAUACUUUUGAGGAUCAUGCUGAAACACUAAUGAGGCCCUUUCAACUGAGACACCAAUGCACGUGA